CUCUGUGCUGCACGACAAUUCGACAGUAUAUUCGCCGCUCGAGAGACGGAACCAGGGGGACAAGUUGUAGACCUCCAAAACUAUUUUACUGUGAUGCGUUAGCGACAGUAGGGUAGAUGAUAGCUGGGAUCACUCAAACCAGGAGAACGCGAAAUUAAACCGCAUUUUAUCAUUUUAUGUCAUGUUUGGAAGUUUUGACAGAUCUCGUAAAACAGAGUAUAUUCUUUGAAUGUUAUUGUAAGCACAAUUCUGGGGUCGACAUACAGUAGGAGUUGGAGUUUCUGUAAUCGCAUGUUCCCCUUUUCCAAUGGACACGCAUUUGGAGACCCCUGGUACACCAAGUAGACCUAUGGAAUCACUUCUGUAAUGUGGAUUGCAAUUUUAUUUGAAAAAAAUAAAGGUCUACUUCAGAACGAUGUGAGAAGAUACGCGUCCUGGAUUUUCAUUUUUCUGGAUAUCUUAAAAAUUAUUGGCAACAGCUGAAAGUCGCUAUGCUCAAGGGAUUUCUGCUCAGGUGUCUUGCCUGCUCCGACCGUGGGACCAAAAUGGAUUUGACGCCACUGCAACCCCCCGUCCCCCAUUAACAGAAGUUCUAACAGUUCUUACAUUUUGUUAUUAACCUACGGUUUUAAAUUUGACAAAUGCUUUGGAAGAAAUCGCAAGACGACCCGCAUGGAUUUUAAAUCGACAUUUGCAUUUGGAAUUUCAAUCAUGAACUUUGUUGACAGUUUGAUAACCUUGUUUCUCCUGACGCUUCUGUAUUUGUCAGCUGUCAAGAGUGCCCACAUACCGAAAGAAGGAUGGAGGAUUUCGCAUGACGGCGCCCCAGGCUACAAUGUUUUUAGUGCUUCAGUGCAGAAGGUACCAAACUUUGUGGGGCUGAGAGAGGGAUUGAAAGAGGGAGUCAGUACAGAAGCAUACCAGAGCCACAGUGAGAGAGGAAAUGAGAGAGACACCUUGAUGGUGAUAUCCUUCAUGGAGGUGUACAAUAAGAGCCUAUGUCAGCCCAGGGAGCUGCUGGUAGAGAUCGCACAGGAGUACCCAGAGGAGGUAGAACAUAUCUUUAUCCCAUCCUGUGUGGUGCUGACGCGCUGCGCAGGCUGCUGCAACGAUGAGAUGCUAGAGUGCACGCCAACCUCCACACAUAACAUGACCAUGGAGAUAAAAAGAAUAAAACCCCAAAGGCAAGAAAAUAAUAUCUUUAUGAGUUUUACAGAACACAGUGCGUGUGAAUGCAGGCCAAAGAAAGAAGUGAAAGAACAGAGACAAAAAAAACCCCGGAAAGGCAAGGGCAAAGGCCAAAAGAGAAAGCGAAAGAAAAACCAUGACCAAAAGAAUCGUGAAGCUCAGUGCGAGCCAUGUUGUGAUGGCUGUUCAGAGAGGAGGAAGCAGGGGUUCAUCCAGGACCCUCUGACCUGCCAGUGUUCCUGCAGAAACUCCAAUGCCCACUGCCGGGCGCGUUACCUGGAGCUCAACGAGAGGACCUGCAGAUGUGACAAGCCAAGAAGAUGAGAGGCCAAACUUCAGAUGAAAUGACAUGAUGGAAUAUUCACAAGAUGUUUCACAGCUCAGCACUUUGAACUUUAAACUCUAAGCUCAUUUUCUCUGUGGAAAGCAUUCCUCUGGACUGACUGAGAAACAGCGGAGAGAGAAAGAGAAAGAAAAUGAACAGACAGAAAAAUCAUCCCAAUGUAGAUCUGUAUAUACUAAAGUAUAUACUAAAAGUACAGAAUUUUUAUUGCUGCUAAAAGAACUAACUAAAACCCAUCAUUAUAAAAAAGCAAACAGCUGUGUGGUUUUGUAUUUCACUGGCGUGUGACCGGACUGCAGUUUUGUUGUAAUUUCAUUUAUGCAAAUUCUUCACUGGAUAUAUAUGAGUGGUUAUGUGUCGAAUCAGAAACAACAACCUAGCUAUGUGGUACAUAAAUCAGCAGAAAAGAGGAGGAAGAGAAGAAGGGAGAAUAUUCUUGGAGGGAUGGAAAGUACUGACCCAUAGACUCCCGUUGCAGGAAACCAAUUGCAAUGGCAGGACAGCCAAUGGGAAAAUGGGGAUCUGUCACAUUGUGACAAUUUCUUUUACCUGAAAGCAAGUUCUAAAACUGAUGUGUAGAACUUGUGGAAUGCUAGAACUGUGUCUUUUGCUGCCCUUUCUAGCAGUGGAACUGGAUUUGGAGUGCCAUUAAUACUUCUAAAGGGAUACUGAUGAUUGAUUUUGAUAUACAUGGAAACCUCUAGAAACAACUGAUACUGUAGCUUGAUUCCAUUGAGAAACUGUGCCUCAAACUGUGCUGAUCACUUCAGAGUGAGAAAUCCUGAAUCUGCUUAAAUUAUUUAUUUGUUUUCGGAGGGGAGGGGGAUGGUACGCUGUCUGCGGUUGAACUCAAUACAGAAUGCAAUAGUAUCGUUGGCAAGCUGUCUGUAUAUAUACUAUACAUACUUAAUAUCCCUUCUGUCAUAGUCCGCUAUAGAUAAUUUAUAAUGUUAGAGUAUUUUCAGUAUUCAGUCCUCUACCCGUAUUUAAUUUGAUCUAUUUAUAUAUACAGUGUUAUGUUCUUUUGGGUUUCCCCCCUCCCCGCUAUGUGAUGUCAUUAUCGUCUCCUCUCUGCCUAGCUACAAGGAGACACUGCUCUUGGCUUUUAUAAGAAAAGAAAAUCUUUAUGUAAACAUUCCUCAAAUGGAUCAUUUGUAUGGACGGCCUUUUUAAGGUGGGGGUGCUGCGUGUGAUUUUCACCCUGCUCGUGUGUGUGUGUGUGCGUGUGUGUGCGUGCGUGCGUGUGUGUGUUUUUAGAGGCAGAGUAAGCUUAUGCUUGUCUUGAGCUCCACCACGCAAAUAACAAUAAACCCUUGCUAAAAGAAAGCUCGGCCUACCAAGUCAAUGCUUCCAUUUUGUGUUUAUAUUACAGUGUUUAUAUUACAGCUAGAAAGUAUUCAGACCCCUUGACCUUUAAAAAUGGUUUGUUACGUUACGGCCUUAUUCUAAAAUGAAUUAAGUCGUUUUUUCCCCCCUUAUCAAUCUACGGACACAAUCCCAUAAAGACAAAGCAAAAAACAGGUUUCUAGAAAUGUUUGCAAAUGUAUAUAUAAAAAAAUAACUGAAAUCACAUUUUACGUAAGUAUUCAGACCCUUUACUCAGUACUUUGUUAAAUCACCUUUGGCAGUGAUUACAGCCUUGAGUCUUAUUGGGUACGAUGCUACGAGCUUGGCACACCUGUAUUUGGGCAGUUUCUCCCAGUCUUCUCUGCAGAUCCUCUCAAGCUCUGUUAGGUUGGAUGGGGAGUGUCGCUGCACAGCUAUUUUCAGGUCUCUCCAGAGAUGUUCGAUCGGGUUCAAGUCCAGGCUCUGGCUGGGCCACUCAAGUACAUUAAUUGACUUGUUCUGAAGCUGCUCCUGUGUUGUCUUUGCUGUGUGCUUAGGGUCGUUGUCCUCUUGGAAGGUGAACCAUCUCCCCUGACUGAGGUCCUGAGUGUUUUGGCGCUGGUUUUCAUCAAGUAUCUCUCAGUAAUUUGCUCUGUUCAUCUUUCCCUCAAUCCAGCUAGUCUCCCAGUCCCUGCCUCUGAAAAACAUCCCCACAGCAUGAUGCUGCCACCCCCAUGCUUCACCAUAGGGAUGGUGCAUUCAGGCCAAAGUGUUUAAUCUAGGUUUCAUCAGACCAGAGAAUCUGGUUUCUCAUGGUCUGAGAGUGUUUAGGUGCCUUUUGGCAAACUCCAAGCAGGCUGUCUAGUGCCUUUUACUGAGUGGCUUCAGUCUGGCCACUCUACCAUAAAGGCCUGAUUGGCGGAGUGAUGCAGAGAUGGUUGUCCUUCUGGAAGGUUCUCUCAUCUCCACAGAGGAACUCUGGAGCCUUUACAGAGUGACCAUCGGGUUCUUGGUCACCUCCCUGACCAAGGUCAUUCUCCCCCAAUUCCUCAGUUUCUCCGGUGGGCCAGCUCUAAGGACUUUAAGGACAAUAAGGACUUUAAGGACAAUUCCUUUGACCUCAUGGCUUGAUUUUGCACUGACAUGCAUUGUCAACUGUGGGACCUUUUUAUAUAGACAGGUGUGUGCCUUUCCAAAUCAUGUCCAAUCAAUAACAUUUACGACGGGGGGACUCCAAUCAAGUUGUAGAAACAUCUUAAGGAUGAUCAAUGGAAACAGGAUGCACCUGAACUCAAUGUUGAGUCUCAUAGCAAAAGGUCUGAAUAGUUAUGAAAAUAAGCUAUUUCUGUUUUUAUUUUUAAUACACGAGCAAAAAAUGUGAAAAAACAGUUUUCGCUUUGUCAUUAUGGGGUAUUGUGUGUAGAAUUUCAUUUAAUCCAUUUUAGAGUAAGGGUGUAACAUAACAAAAUGUGGAAAAACUCUAGGGGUCUGAAUACUUUACGAAUGCACUGCCAUUCGUAAAUAUGAUAGUAUAUGAUUUCAUAAAAAUAGUACAUUUCAGUCAUUUAUUAGACAUUCAGAGCAACCAGCAACUUGCUCAAGGGCACAUCAACAUAUUUUUUGCCUAGUCAGCUAAGGGGAUUCUAACCAGUGACCAUUCGGUUACUGGCCCAACUCUCUUAACCACUAGGCUAAUUACCUAGUACGUAUUGUUUAUUUUUCAAUGAUAGCAUGUUUUUUUCUGUGACAGUGUAAAGCAUAUUAUUUACAAAUUCUAUUUUUUUUUUUAUAAAACUGCUUUGAUACACCA